AAGCAGCCGGGCUUCGCGCCAUACGGUCGGGGAGGGCGCGCGCGAAACUUUUUGAAAACCGCACGUUCGCAUUCGAUCGUGUAUUGUUUUUUUUCUCCAUCUCAAUUAAAUGAAAACUGAUUUGUGAAAUAUGCCGUUCCAAUUUCAAAAGUGUUGAACAAAGUGUUUUUUUUUUUAAUUCUGGUGCCAGAUUAGAGAGACGAUCGUAAACGUUUUUAAUCUGUAAAAUGAGGGUCUUUAUUUGGAUUUUACGAUAGGAUCCCCAUGGCGGUCUUUCAUCGCAUUCUGGAAGCUUCCCAAGAAAAGUUUAAGCACACCGCGUUAGUAACAUAUGGCUCAAGUGUGCUGUAAGUGCUUACCGAAAAUAUGGGAAGCCCGGAGAAUCGAACAACCAACAAAGAUCACAAAUUCGAGGUGAUAUCAAACAAUCAUGCUGUGGAAGCGAUGACGCAAUCACCAGUUCUAAGAUCUAAAGUGAAAAGUAGGAGGACUAAUGAACUAUUUCUGCUUCUGAGGACUUUGAUGGAAAGGACAGUGUUUUGUUUUGUGUUAAGUGUACUAGUGGUAUCAGUGGGUGGACACAGGGAGCAGAAGUUUGCGAUAGAGCCACAAGAUCAGAGUGCAGUAGUGGGGUCCCGGGUGACCCUUCCAUGUAGAGUCGAGAACAAAGUUGGACAGCUUCAGUGGACUAAAGACGACUUUGGGUUGGGCACCCAUCGACAUCUGACGGGCUAUGAACGGUACAAGAUGAUUGGAAGUGACGAAGAAGGAGAUUACUCGUUGGACAUCAGAGAGGUCACCCUUGAAGACGAUGCUGUGUAUCAAUGCCAAGUCAGCUCGGGACCGAGAGGUGAACCACCGAUCAGAUCGAGGUACGCUCGCCUCAUAGUUCUGAUGCCCCCUGACCCACCGAAGAUACUGCAGGGUCCUGUUCUUCAGGCGAUCGAAGAUAGCGAGGUGGACCUUCAGUGCAUCUCUGUUGGUGGUAAACCAGCUGCAGAGAUCACAUGGGUGGACAGCGAUGGAGGAGUUAUAACACAAGGCGUUACUUACACCGCUGAACCUACUGCAGAUGGCAGGAGAUAUACCGCCAGAUCCAUACUUCACCUCCGUCCUCGAAGGCAUCACCAUAACCACUCGUUCACGUGCCAAGCUCAGAACACAGCUGACAGAGCGUACAGAUCUUCAACAGUAAAACUCCAGAUAUUAUAUGCGCCGAAAGUUCGAUUAAUUCUCAAGACUGGUAUGAUAAAAGGACGCAUUCAAGAGAGUGACACUCUGGUUAUGAGCUGCCAAGCUACUGCGAACCCGAACAACCUAACUUACAAGUGGUACGUGAACAACGAACAGAUUACUGGAGAUAAGAGUGAGCUGAUAAUACGGAAUGUUUCAAGGCAAUACAACGAAGCAACGGUGAAGUGUGAAGUACACAACGUGAUAGGGAAGAGUGCUGACACCAAAACGCUAGAAGUCGCAUAUGGUCCAACAUUUAAGCGGAGACCUCAGAAUGUGGAAGCAGAAGUGGGCUCCGUAGCGACUUUGCUAUGCGAAGUGGAGGGGCAUCCUCAACCGAAGAUACUGUGGCUGCGAUACGAAGAUGAUCAUGUCAUUAGAGUAGGAAAAUCGCCUAACCUAACAAUAUCAGUGACUCCUCAAACCGCUGGUCAGUAUUGGUGCAGAGCGACAAUUGAAAAUCAUCAGGAUAUCGAAGCACCUGCUAUUAUAUUCGUCAGAGGUCCUCCUAAAAUCAUGUCGAACAAUACCCAAUACGGUGUAGAGGGAGACAGCGUGAGAGUGGAAUGUGUGUCCUUUUCCGUUCCGAAGCCUGAUAUCAUUAUGUGGUCGUUCGGUGGCAGGGAGAUUAACGUGUUUAACAAUCAGGAAUACGCUUUCUUGGAAGAAUCGCUCGCAGAUCACAUGACAAAAUCUACCUUGGUUAUAAGAAAGAGCGAAUCUAAACACUUCGGUAGUUACAACUGCACAGUCAUCAAUACCUACGGCAUGGAAAGUAGGGAGAUAAUGCUAGUUGCGGACAGAACCAACUCUUUGAUACUUAUAGUAUCUGGGUGCUCUUGCGCCGCCGUCUUAGUUCUCAUCACCAUGUUGGUGAUAAUGCUGUGCCAUAGGAAAGCAAAAUGCGGUGAUAUCAAGAAACCUGAUAUCACAGACAUCGGGAAGGCAAAGUGUGCAGUUGACCAGUCGAAGGAUUACGAUGGGCAUUCUAAUAUUAGCGAUCUGAAAUUGGAGCUGAGGCAGGUGGAGGGAAGUUGUGAUAUGGACAUAUCUAAUGGUGGUUCAGAAACGGACUUGCACCCAACAUUACAUCUGACAUCGAACCUGGGACUACCGCUGGCCGGUCCAGUGACAGUGCCAGAAGGAUAUGAAAAUGAACUCAUGAAGCAGUACCAGCGGUAUAGCGGGGAUUUCAAUCAAGCCAUUAGCGGCUUGCAGUUCAAAACCCAAGGCCAGAGUAACGGCUACGUGCCGUACGUGGAUUACAGCAGAGACUACGCCCCUCCGCUGCCGUCCAGCGACGCCAUAACCGGGUCCCUCACUAGGAGUACUGAUGGAUCAUAUCCCAGCCACUAUGGGUCGCUGCACAGACAGACUAGCUGCGGAAGAUUGGCUGGUGUAGGACCUGAUGUGAUACCAAUGGCCAACCCUGGAGUAAUGUUCACGGGUGGUGUGGACGUCCGAUAUGCAGCGACGUAUGGCAACCCUUAUUUGCGAGGUGGUGCACCUGUUUCUUACGCCCAGCAAGUCUGCACGAGCCAGAAGGCCCCGCCUCCUUAUUACGCAUUGAGGAGUUCAAAUCUGCAACUGGCAGUAAACUCUGGGUCAUCGCCAUCAUCUUCUUCGUCCUCGCGACCAGUGACCAGUCCACUGGCGUCCUCAUCGUCAACCACCAGUGGUGCACAACCACAAGUGCCUAAACCUUCACAGUCCCCUGGAUCGCUGUACGUGAUCCCGCCGUCCAGUCAAGUACACACUCAAGUCACUCAAAUCACUUCCAAAGGUAACGGGCAAGCCGGUACUCACGUAUAGAUAGAUAAAGCAGACAGUAUUCAUUUCUACGUAUUCAAAAUUAGUUCAGAGAAAUAAAAAAAGUCAAAGGAAUUUGUGUAGUAAAGCCAUUGCUAAUUGACACCGUGAAUUAUCAGUUACCUGAAGAUUUUAAUAAUCGUAUAAAUAAAAAUAGUGUAAACAAUAAUUAUAAACAGUGGGCGUACUUCACUACCAUACAAAAUAUUGAUUUAAAUCCUUUAUAAAAUAUCCUGAAACAUAUCCUGAAACGAUGAAUAUUAUGGAAUUAAUAUUCUUGUAAAAUAUUUACCUCCUAAAAGUAUAACUUCUGAUAAAUCAAUUGAAGACAAUUAAAAUUGUUAAUCUUUCGUAAUUGCACAAUUAUUGAGUUAAUGUGUCUGAAUUAGCUAAUAAAAUUUCUCAGGUAACUCAAAAUUCAAGGUGUACAGUUUCCCAUGUUGUAUUGAGCAAAAUACAAGAUAAAGAGUUGCCGACAUAAAUAGAAAUCAAACCCGUUUAUAAAACUAGUCUGACGAUAUUUUGCAAUUUGAUUGAUUUGUUGACGCGUCCUAAUGUUGAUCCUGACACUUACAAUAAAACGACAAACUUUUAUGACAUAUGAAUAGGGGUGAUGACGGUACAGUAAACGAAAUUCUAUUUAGUCCGUCAGUUAGAUGAUCAAAAAAUAAUGGACACGUAUUUUUUCUUUGGGCAAUCAACCAAAAAAUGACAAAGUUAUAGCGCCUCAAAGUUUGGGAGUAGGAGCUCG